AUGCCUAACAAACAAGAAAACGGAGUGGAUGAGAUUGACGAAUUCUUCAUCCAGUACCUUGGAUUUGCUUACGACAGACAACAGCCUGUCUAUGUCGAGUUCUAUCGGAUGUGCUGCAUAUUUGGGUGGCACAUACAGCCGGACGGGCAAUACCCAGUCGCACGCCAGCAGGCUUGGGAACUGUUUCGCAUUGCCAUUGUGCAAGCAUUCAACUCACAGUUCGGCGCAGACCAAAAUAGCUUAGCAUCAUGGCAACGUAUCUGUCACUGCUUAGGGAUAAUCCCUGUCCCUGAAAGCCUUCAUGAAGCUCGACAGGUCAAGCUAUUUGCCCUACUCAAAGCUCAUAUUUUGUAG